ACAAGAUUAUUGACAUACUUCCCGGUCUCGGUAUAACGUAAAAGGCGUAUCUCCAAACUUAUCGCACUGACAGAGUUAUUGAGUGUGGAGAGAGGACCACUUUAUCCAUCACCUUUAGUUAAGCAUAAAGCACAAAAGCUGGCCAGCUGAUCCCCGGCCUCCCAAAUCGACAGCAGAAACGCCCAAUGGGCGGAGCGCCGCCCCUCCAUUCGACUAGCGGAUUGGUGGGCCGCGCAGCGCGUAGUUCUAGUAACAGCCCAUCACUCACCAAUGGUGGCGGCGGACGCUCAAGGUGUUGCUAGACAGUGAAACUCGAGCACCAGUGCGCUUUCGUGGGCUGUUGGUACAGACAGACCGGACACUCUUCGAGUCGUUUUGGCUGCUUGGGUUUGGGGAAAAAGAAUUAGCAACAGUGCGAUGCAACGACGCGAUCGGUGAAUUAGUGCUGCGAAUAUUCUGAGCGAAAACUGUCAAAAUUGCAGUAGCAACGCUGGCCAGCCACAUGGCUCUGGGUUUGAGCUCCGGUUUGUGUUCCGGAGCCGGCUCUGGGCCCCAUUCGGAAAACUCCUCGUCCCCAGGCAUCAGUGUUCCCAUACCGGUGGCUCCAACGCCAAUUCUGCCCAACCCCAUGUUCGGUCUGCCGACGCUGAGUUUCACCGUAGCUCAAGUGGCUGCCGUUUGCGAAACUCUCGAGGAAUCGGGCGAUAUCGAGCGGCUGGCACGGUUCCUCUGGUCGCUACCGGUCGCUCAUCCCAACAUUGGCGAACUGAACAAAGAUGAAGCGGUGCUCAGAGCCAGAGCCAUAGUGUCGUUUCAUAGUGGCAACUUUCGCGAACUCUACUCGAUUCUGGAGUCGCACAAAUUCACCAAGAGCUCCCAUGGCAAGCUGCAGGCCAUGUGGCUGGAGGCCCACUAUCAGGAGGCAGAAAAGCUGCGAGGCAGAGCCCUGGGGCCAGUUGAUAAGUACAGGGUGCGCAAAAAGUUUCCCCUGCCCCGUACGAUCUGGGAUGGGGAGCAGAAGACGCACUGUUUCAAGGAACGCACUCGCUCGUUGUUGCGGGAAUGGUACCUGCAGGAUCCCUAUCCCAACCCCACGAAAAAGAGGGAGCUGGCUCAGGCCACCGGCCUCACUCCCACUCAAGUGGGCAAUUGGUUUAAGAAUCGACGGCAACGGGAUCGAGCUGCUGCUGCUAAGAACAGAAUGCAACAGCAGCAACUGGCAGCGCAACUCGCCCACCAUGGCGGCGACCGAAGGGCGCCCAUGAGCCCAGCGCCCACAGAUAGUGACUCGGAUAUUUCGCUGGGCGCCCACUCGCCAGCAGGAUCGCCAGGGCCGCUGCGGAUGGGCGUUGCGAGCCCCAAUCCCAUCACCUCCUUCAGGUUCGGGCCCCAUUCGCCCGGUCCCAUGCCGGCGCAGUUUCGAUUCGACGGCACGCACACAUCGCCUAACUAUCGGCAUGAGCGGCAGUCGCCCACACCUCCAAAUUUCCGGCUGGAUCGCACAACCGCCAAGCUGGAUUCGGAGUCGCCCUCGAUGACCGUCGAUUCUGGAUCCUCCAACUACGCCGAUGCCAUCAAUUUGAGGCUGUCGGCCAACGAGAGUCCGAUCGAUGUCGAUUCAAACAACGACUACGACUCGGAAGUGAGGGAAAACCGCAGUGGAAACAGUCCAGUUCGAUUGACCAGGACCUCCCCUCAAACCACCUUGGAGCACUCCCCACCUCCCAUGAACCUGAGCGGAUUGAGGGCGCACUCCCAUUCUGAGGGUCUGAAAAUCGAGACCCCAUUGGCAGUCAGAUUGGGAGCGGCCAGCCAACUGCCCACCUCCCCACUGCGGGUCCAGGUGAACCCUCACCCCAACCGAAUGAUGACGGCAUCGUCGCCCCACACCCAUCUUCUGAACCAUCACUCAGGAAUCAUGAGGAUAGCGACUCAGAACCUUCAGAGCAACGGCCCAGUGUUGCAUAGGCCUUACUCCCCACCGCGGUUAACGUGAUAUUCAGCCUUUGAGUGGGAGGACGCUGUGUGAACUUGUGGCUGAUCGUCAAUUCUUGCAAGGUAACGCUCAGAAGCUGAGGAUGGUUAGUUUGGAGAUUGACGACAUUCGCCGAGUAAUCUUGUUGCAAUAUUCUGUACAGUUUGGCUUUGGAAAUUUUGAAUGUACAUAAACGAUGCUAAAUUUAAGACGA